AUGCAUACGCUGCAGCAGCGGCGGCAGCAGCCGCUGAGUGUCGGGGCAGCGCCACCCAGCAACAGCAGCAGCAGCAGCAGCAGCAGCAGGCUGCAGCACACGGUUUCAGCCACUUGUAGACGAGAGAAGAAUGGUCCCACAGGGGCAGCGGCUUCCGCUGCUGUGCCACCCCACACCGCAGCAGCACGCGGCCACGUUGCAGCAGCUGCAGCAGCAAAAAAGGCUUCUUCAGCAGCAAAAAAGGCUGUUGCAACGGCAGAAGCAGCGCCUCCAGCAACAGGAAAAGCUGCAGCAGCAACAGCAACAACAACAACAACAGCAGCAGCAGCCACGCGGCCAAGGAAGGCGCAAGGUGCUGCUGCUACGGGGCAACUCGUCCGAUCGCUGCCGUCAACCCAAGGCAGCAAGACCCCCCUCAAGCAGCAGCAAAAGCAGCAGCAGCAGCAGCAGCAGCAAAAGCAGCAGCAGCCCCGCUUGGAUUUCCUUGCAUGCAACGAGGAUUGCUGCGGCAUUUGUGGAGGUUUGCUGCGGCCUGGGGAGGCGUAUAUAACAGUGUCUGUACCGCUGAGCCCGCAGCAAUUCAAGCGGUAUAAACAGCUGCAGCAAAGACAGCAGCAGCUGCAGCGCCACAAGGCCACAGCAGCAGCAGCAGCAGCAGCACCUGCUAGUGCUUCUGCUCGUGCUGCUCGCUCUACUUCAGCUGGUCGGGCUGCCUCAGCUGUUCCCGCUGCUGCACCUGCUGCCGCUCCUGCAGCUGCUCGUGCUGCUGCUGCUGCUGGGGACCUGUGUGUGCCUGUGAGCUGCCACCUGUCUUGCAUGCGGUGUGGGGUGUGCGGGCGUCCGGUGGAGGGGAGCGGGGAGCGUCUGGUGUACGCGUCUACAGCAGCAGCAGCAGCAGCAGCAACAGGAGCAGCAACAGGAACAACAGCAGCAGCAGCAGCAGAAAAGCCUUUGAGGGAGCUCAUUGCUUCCCGGGUAUUCCAUGCUGCAUGCAUGCAGCAGCACUGCGCUGUAUGUGGAGAAGUUGUGGGGCCCUCCGAAGCCUAUGUACGUCUGCCUGACCGUGCAGCAGCAGAAGCAGCAGCAGCAGCAGCAGCAGCAGCAACGACGGGCAAAACAGCAAGAGCAGCGGGGGGCCCAGCUGCGACGAAGGCAGCAGCAGCAGCAGCAGCAGCAGCAAAGAACUGCAGCAAAGGCAAGGUGCAGCACGCGAGAUGCACCCGCUGCAGCACUUGCGGAGAGAGCCUCAAUGAAAGCAUUUUUAUAACAGAUGGAUCUGGGGGAGUGCAGCACAAGAGCUGCUUCUGCUGCUGCUGCUGCAGCAAGCCCUUGACGGGCCCCUUCGAGUCGCAUGCAUUUUUUGCUUCCCCCGUGCUGCUGCAGCAGCCACCACCAGUAACCCCGGAGCAGAUUGCAGCAGCAGCAGCAGCAGCAGCAGCAGCAGCAGCAGGAGGCCAGCCUUCAGGAGGCACAUUGGCGCUCCGUGGAGGCUGCUGCUGCCUCCCGUGCAGCAAGAUACACCCGAAAUGCAUUGCAUGCGAUCGAAGAGCUGCGGUGUACGUACACAUGGGGAGAGAAGUACUUCCUAAGGCCCUCAAUGCAGCAGGAGAAAAACUCAUGCGGCGCAGACAGCUGCCCUUCACUACCUGCAGGCGACCUGCAGCAGCAGCAGCAGCAGCAGCAGCAGCGGCGGGGCCUGCUGCUGUGUUGUGCGGCCGCUGCGCUUCGCUGCCAGCAGCAGAUACAGAUGAUGCUGCUGCUGCUGCUGUGAGAUUCGCGCUGCUGGCUUUAGAGCGCGAAGGGGUUUGCUUCUCCCCCACUCUUAGACAGCUGCAGCAGCAGCUACUUGAACUGCAAGAGAAGAAGCAACAAGAAAAAAAGCAGCAGCAGCAGCUAACCAAGCGCCCGUCUUUGAUUACCCGCAGACAGCUUGCUGCUCCUCCAGCAACACCAGCAGCAGCAGCAGCAGGUGCAGCGGCAGCAGCAGCACCUGCUGCUGCUGCUGCAGGACAGUCGCACCCAACCCCCAACUCCGACCUGCCAGUCCCUGUGGUGCUAGAAGACUUCGGCACUGAUGCUGCUGCUGCUGCUGGUGCUGCUGGUGCUGCUGCUGGUGCUGCUGCUGCUGCUGCUGUGGGGCGGAAGGCUUCGUCUGGUGAGGCAGCUGUCUCUCAUUUGUUUGGCUGCUGCGAAGUGCUGCACCUGCGGCUGCGACCUGCGCCUCUGGCUGUUCUGCUGCUGGUGGGGGAAGUAAUUCAAUCCCCGCUGCUGCCUUUGCUGCAGCAGCAGCAGCAGCAGUUGUUGCUGCAACAGCGGCAGCAAGACCAGCAGCAGCAGCAGCAGCAGCAGCAAGCCCAGCAGCAACGCAUAAGCAACAGCAGAAACCCAAGGCCUAGUCUCUUCCCUUCAAGGAGCAGCAGCGGUCUCCGCACCAAGCAGCAGCAGCAACAGCAGCAGCAGCAGCAGCUACUGCAGCAGGUACAGGGGUACUUGCUGCAGGUGCGCUUUGCUAGGUGUGUGAAGCUGACGAGGGGGCUGCCGCGUUUGCUGCUGCAGCAGCAUGCAGCACACGAAUUGCUGCACGCAUUUUUCUCGAUUAAUCAAAUUACCCCCAGCCCCAAACAUAUUGAAGAAGGCUGGUGCAACGUCGCAGCAGCAAAAGUCUUGCUGGCAGCAUAUGAAGACCUCAGCAGCAGCAGCAGCAGCAGCAGCAGAAGCAGAAGCAAGAGUAACUCGGGCAGCUGGAGCAAUAGCAGCACGCUGCAGCUGCAGCAGCAGCAGCAACAGCAACAGCUGUUGCAGCACCCACAGCAGUAUCCGGUGCACCACCAACAGCAGCAGCAACAGCAGCAGCAGCAGCAACAGGAGCAGCAGCAGCUGGAGCUUGAGUUGCUGCGGUACCAGCUAUGGAGACUCGCAGUAAACAAAGAUGAAGUGUACGGAGAGGGGUAUAGGCGUUUCCUCGCAGCAGCAGCAGCAGCAACAGCAGCAUCUGCAGCAUCCGCAGGAGCAGCAGCCUCAGCAGCAGCCUCAGCAGCAAUAACAGCUGCAGCAGAAAAAUCAGCAGCAGCAUCAGCAGUAGAAGCAACAUCAGCAGCAGCACCAACAGUAGCAGCAGCAGCAUCAGCAGCAGCAGCAGCAGAUUCAGCAGCAUCAGCAGCAUUCGCAGAAGCAAUAUCAGCAGCGGUCCCGCCAGCAACAGCAGCAACAGCAGCAGCAACAGCAUCAGCAGCAGCAUCAUUAUCCGCAGCAGCAGCAACAUAA